GUCCCCCUGCCUGAGGAGAUGUCUCUGGGUCGGCUCCUGCGGCGCGCCUCCUCCAAGGCCUCGGACCUCCUGACCUUCAACCCCGGGGCCGGGGGCUCAUCGCUACGCUCGGGACUGGACGGCGAGAUCAUCUUCUCCAAAAAUAAUGUUUGCGUGCACCCUGCGGAGCCCCUGCCUGGCCUGGCUGAGCACCACCCAGGCUACCUGUGUGUCCACGUGGAGAAGGAUGAGAUUCUGGGCACCACUCUGAUUCUGACCUGGGUGCCCAACUCCCGCAUCCAGAAGCAGGAUGAGGAGGCGCUGCGCUACAUCACGCCCGAGAGCUCGCCUGUACGCAGGAACGCACGCCGCCGAGGCCGACGACCCCACUCCCGUCCUCCAGCAGCUCAGGAGGAAGAUGAGGAGGAAGAGAGGAAUAUUACCAGCAGCACCUCCACAGAGAGCCACAGCCUGGUGGUGGAAGCCGGAGCGGACGCCUCCUCACACCCGCACCAGCUGCCCUUGGCUGUGGAGGAGGGGGACGAGGGCUCCUGCGAGCUGUCGGACGAAGUGAGCAGGGACAGCACCAUGGGUUCGGACUCGGAUACCUUCUCCUCCCCCUUCUGCUUGUCCCCCGUCAGUGAGGCCCUCUGCGAAAGCAGCGGCUCCGUCUUCCUGGACAAUGAAACCAGAGAGCUGUGUGAAGAGGCCAUGACCCACUCGGCCAGCUCGGCCUCCAGCCUGGACGGCCACGCCCCGUCGGAGAGCAGCGGCCAGUCGCAGGGCGUGCGCUGGGAGGAGCAGCAGAAGGUGCUGGCUCUGGAGCAGUUGUGCGGAGUCUUCAGGGUGGACCUGGGUCACAUGAGGUCGCUGAGACUCUUCUUCAGUGACGAGGCAUGUACCAGUGGCCAGCUGGUGAUCGCCAGCAGAGAGAGCCAAUAUAAGAUCCUGCACUUCCAUCACGCCGGCCUGGACAAGCUGGCUGAGGUUUUCCAGCAGUGGAAGUGCUGCAGGGAAACUCAGCUCAAAGACCAGGUGUCAAAUGAGAAAUCCUGCAUGCAGUUUUCCAUUAAGAGAGCCACGCUACCGUCAGCGGAGAGCCACCCGGAGGAGAAGCUCUACCGGCGGCUGGACGUCACCACCUGGCUGCGCCAUCUCAACCACACUGGACAGGUUGAGGAGGAGUAUAAGCUUCGUAAGGCCAUCUUCUUCGGUGGUAUUGACCCAUCCAUCCGUGGCGAGGUGUGGCCCUUCCUGCUGCACUACUACAGCUACGACUCAACCUCCCAGGAGAGGGAGGCUUGGCGACUGCAGAAACGCACCCACUCUCAUGACAUCCAGCAGAGGAGACUGUCCAUGAGCCCAGAGGAGCACAGUGAGUUCUGGAGAAAGGUCCAGUUCACAGUAGAUAAAGACGUGGUGAGAACAGACCGCAGCAACCACUUCUUCAGAGGAGAGAAUAACCCCAACGUGGAGAUCAUGAGGCGGAUUCUGCUCAACUAUGCAGUCUUUAAUCCAGACAUGGGCUACUGCCAGGGCAUGUCUGACCUGGUGGCCCCGCUGCUCACCGAGAUCCAGGAUGAAAGCGACACCUUCUGGUGCUUUGUCGGCCUCAUGGAGAACACCAUCUUCAUCAGCUCCCCGCGCGAUGAGGACAUGGAGAGGCAGCUGAUGUACCUGCGGGAGCUGCUGCGCCUCAUGCUGCCCCACUUCCACCAGCACCUGACCCGGCUCGGGGAGGACGGCCUCCAGCUGCUCUUCUGCCACCGCUGGAUCCUGCUCUGCUUCAAGCGAGAGUUCCCCGACACCGAGGCUCUGCGCAUGUGGGAGGCCUGCUGGGCACACUACCAGACGGACUAUUUCCACUUGUUCCUGUGUGUGGCCAUCAUUGUUCUCUAUGGGGAGGAUGUGACCGAGCAGCAGCUUGCCACUGACCAAAUGCUGCUCCACUUCAGCAACCUCUCCAUGCACAUGAAUGGAGAACUGGUGCUAAGAAAGGCCCGCAGCCUCCUCUACCAGUUCCGCCUCCUCCCCAGGAUCCCAUGCAGCCUUCACGACAUUUGUAAACUAUGUGGCCCGGGGAUGUGGGACAGCCGCUACAUCCCCACUGUGGAGUGUUCGGGUGAACACCCAGACUCACAGAGCUGCCCCUAUGGAGGCACGUCCACCCCACAGCCCUCCUCACCCUCCCCGUCAUCGACACCCUCACCUUCUCCAAACCCCACCCCCACGCCUCCAGCCGAGGGCAAGAGAGGAUCCAGAACCCGGGAGAUUUUCACUUUCCGGAAACAGUCCUGAGGCGGAGGUUAUGGGGAGUUAGUCCAGACGAGUUUUGGAUCCAUCCUCUGGAUUCCUGAACUAUUCCCUGACCUCUGACUCCUCUCUCUCCACAGUCCCUGCUUCUUGUUCCACUACCGUAAUGUGGACUUUUCUGUCACUUGAUCCUUUCCUGUGGUGCAUUGUGGAGCAAUGCCUUACCAGAAUGUUAUUUCAAACGUUGACUGAAUAUGCGAUGAGGAUGGUUCGCCGUUCGACCGGCUGGAGGUCAAGGGGCUGCUUUCCCCUUGGAGCAGAAUGGACAAUCACCAGCCACUAUGUUGGUCUGGAGCUACUUCAGGUUUUCGACUGCUGCUGGUCUGGCAAGCUUCCAUGGGCUUUGUGGGCAGUGGGUCACACAAGGGUCCGAGGCAACCGGCCCGAGUUCUCUCUGACUCUGACCACGGGUCAAACCAAACUGGAGAUUCAUUCACAGGACUUGAACUCGAAGUAUUGAAAAUGUUUCUGUGUUCUCACAAAGGAAUAUCUGUGUGAAUAUUGAAUCAUAUUAGGUGCAUAUCUCCAGUCGGUCAGAACAGGACAUUUUUAACAUGAAAUACAAACCCUUGAUGUUGACAUAGAAAUGUUAACCCAGAAAUAGAAUUAUGACAAAUUACUGGAAUGUUUAAGUUUUGUUUUAUUUUUAUUUUCCAACAAGUGAAUGUUUGCGUUUAUAUCGACAGUUACAAAAUAUUUAGCAAUAUUAUAUCCUUGCAUGAAAAGAUUAUUUCCAUAUAAAGGGCACUGUAUGUUUUUUUUAAAAAACACUUAAGCCCCAAACAGAGAUUUGUUUACACGACAAACACUCAUGUCGUGAUAGGGCUCUGCAUAUUUCCUCAUCCGAUUGUGGUUGGGAACAUUCUCAUCUUUUGUUUUCUGACAAACGGGAGGAAGCCAGCCGUAUGUUUCCUUCUGAUAAACUCAGAGGCAGAUGUUCAUGUUACCUGUCGUGCAAUAGGAGCUUCACCAUUUACACGUAAAGCAUCGCAGGAUAUAAAAUGACUUUCCUGUCAGAGGAUUGGACGGAUACGUCUGCCGCAGCGAGCAUAGAUCAUGUUUUAUCUUGACGGAGAAAUUGAUGGCCUCCUGUUUUACUUGAAGUUUUGUCGUCUACGUUGAACCAUGUUUAGGCAGGGUUGUGAAAAAUCUGUUUAUUUUUUCCCUCCUGCAUCAUCACCACUCUCACCUGAAAACGAAUGACACUAUCAACACUAAGAAUCAGUCCACCGGAAUGUAACAUGUUUUUGCUUCUU